AAACUGCGUUGUAAAAUCAUUCGUUUUGCGCUUCAGCGCGUUUGCCGUGCGUUUAGCGCAGAGGCUGAAGCGGGCUGAACGGCUGAAGGCUCCAGAAGCCUCUCGCGAGAGACUAGAUGAUAGUCUAUCGUUGUGAAAAUCGCGCGGUCGAUAUAGCGUUCGUUUUGAGGACGGAAAGUGCCGUCGGGAGUCGGGAAGUGUAAAAGCAUUUCGCGUCUAUCCCUAUGCAUAUAUCGCCCAAGCCCAAUAAGCUGUCCAAGUGACCAAGGUGCAAGACGCGCAAGACGCAACAUCGCGGGCUGAUCGGGCAUCGGGUUGAUCGCUGAUCGGAUUCGGGCGUCGGGCCGUCGGGACGCGUCGCUGAUUGGCGGCCGCGCGCUUUCGUGACAUUUGCGAUUCGACGUCCGCCUCGUCUGCCUCGGCCUCGGUCCGCCUUUACCGUUGCAGUAGUUGCAUAGGUUGUGCGUAGGUCAUAUGAUUCUGUCAGUAGUGUCAGUCUGAGCUGUCUGAGUCAGUCUCACACGCGAAAUUGACAAAUUGUCAGGGUGCGCAAAUUGUCAUCCCUGUGACACUUGUCAGCGAUCAUCGAGCACGUAUACGUAUGCGAGUGGGUGCGAACGGCAGAAAACACGUCAGUUAACAACGUCGGUCCUACGUGCUCCGAGAAAAAAUGUCACUUUUUGGAGUAGGCAAUCCCUUUUCUACGCAAGUAGGACAAAAGAUCGAGUCUGCUACAGAUGGUAGCUUACCCAGCGAAAAUUGGACGCUUAACAUGGAGAUAUGUGAUAUUAUAAACGAAACCGAGGAUGGGCCGAAAGAUGCUAUUAAAGCUAUCAAACGCAGACUCAAUCAGGCGGCGGGCAAAAAUUAUACCAUAGUCAUGUAUACGCUUACCGUGUUGGAGACAUGUGUGAAGAAUUGUGGAAAACGUUUUCAUGCUCUUGCUUGUUCGAGAGAGUUUGUGCAAGAUCUAGUAAAAUUAAUCGGUCCCAAAAAUGAACCACCUACAGCAGUUCAAGAGAAAGUUUUAAGUUUAAUCCAAACUUGGGCAGAUACAUUCCGUCAUCAGCCGCACACUCAAGGCGUUGUGCAGGUUUAUCAAGAAUUAAAGAUAAAGGGCAUACAGUUCCCGAUGACCGAUCUGGAUGCUAUGGCCCCAAUUAUCACCCCAGAAAGAAGUGUACCUGAAACGGAGCAAAUUCCAGCGAGCCUCGCUACGAGUGAGCAGCCUGCGUCUUUGGGAACGCAAAACUUACCUUCUCAAACGUCGCAGUCUAUUGGUCAGUUAACUCAAUUGAGCGAACAACAAUUGGCCAAAUUACAAAGUGAACUUGAUGUUGUUCAAGGAAAUAUGCGCGUAUUAUCGGAAAUGUUGGCGUACUUUACAAGUCCAGACCAAAGUAGCAAGCAACAACCAGAUUCUGCGGAUCUUGAAUUAUUGAACGAGCUUCAUUCGACAUGUAAGGCAAUGCAAGAGCGUGUCGUCGAUUUGAUCGGUAAAUUGGCUCACGAUGAAAUGACAGCUGAAUUAUUACGCAUUAAUGACGAAUUAAACAAUCUGUUUCUUCGUUAUACACGUUAUACGAAGAAUAAAAUGCAAGUACCGGCAAGUGCUAUAUUAGCUCAGACGAUUGCGCAUCCACCGAACGCUGAAUCGACUCCAACUCUUACUAAACGAGAAGCGGAAUCACUUAUAGAUUUAUCUGACGAUGUGGAUAAUUUGACAAAGCGGAUGAGUGAACUCGAUGCCGCUGAAGCUGUAGCACCACACGACAAAACCACACGACAAAAGGAAAAAAAAGAAGGGGAUAGUGAUGAAUUUGAUAUGUUUGCGCAAUCGCGUAAUGCAACGUACGAAACAACAAAAAAUAGCGGCAGCAAGUAUGAGGAUAAUUUGGAGCAGGUGAAAGGAGGGAGUCUAAGCACGGCAAUUCUCAACCGCAACAAUCCUAAAUUACCUCAACAGACCACUACUAGUGCUAGUCCGAACAUGGAAUCUGAAUUCAAUGAAAUGGCAGCCUGGUUAGAUCGCACACCUGGAGGGCCUGGAGGGCCUGGAGGGCAAGGGGAUCAAGAAUCCUUAACAUCGUCAGAAUUUGAGCGCUUCUUAGCGGAACGUGCAGCCGCGGCUGAAGCUUUACCAACACUCCCUACAGCCACAACAACUGCCACCUCGACGUCUUCGACUACCGGUAACCAGAACAUUCAGCGCCAAAUUAACAAAGAUCAAGACAAAUCUUUAUUCGCUCUUUAAGUACCUUAAAAAUGUCUGUUGUAAAAAUGGGAGGUUAAAUUUAUUACGGGACUGCCGUGUUACUUUAAACGGCACGUGCCUACGAUUUUUCCCUCCGAUUAAAUCACGCCCCCGAUAUCGUCGACAAUUUAAACCAUGGAUUUGUAUUUUUAACAUAAGGGGCUGAAAUAAGAUAGAAACACAAAGACGAGAGAGGAAAAAGUACACACAUGAAAAAUGCUUUGUGCUUGUACGUACUUAAUAUAAGGUAACUGAUCCUAUGCAAUCACGUUUGAGAUAUCGUUUCAGUUACAAAAUUGUGGUCAUAUACACACGUAAUGUAGAUAAGUUGCUUUAAAGUUGUUCUACGAAUCAUUAUAAUUGUCUAUCACGUAAUAAUAGCAUGUUAAGGAUUAGUUAACAUCUGUACAUAGACGAUAAUGCGUCCACGGAAAUAAUCCAGAUUAUAUCGCAACAGGUUUUUUAUUACGAAUAAAUUUUGUCUCAAAGUCGCGAAUCGAGCGUGAAAUCGCAAUUAGAUGAAAUUUUCGGAUUAAUACAUGGAUAUCUGGACGAAUAUCCAAUUGAAUAAUCGAUCUUAUCUACAUAUUGACAAACUAUUUUUCUAUGUUGAAGUAAAUUUUGUCUCAGCUGUUUGACAUUCUACAUAUAUACAGAGAUACAUUUUACAGAUUUAUUAUUAUUUUUACUAUUGUAAUUCCUACUAUCGUAGAGACUUUGUAGGAGACUUUACUAUUGUAGAUUAAUAUAAAUUAGUAGCGCAUGAAUUUAUUAUUACUGCUAUUAUUACUGCAGUUUACGUGUAAUAAUAUUAUAAAUGAGUAAUAUAUUCUGAAAUUAUUAUAAACGCAGCAGUAACAUUGGUGAUUUAGAGAUUCUUUGACAUCCUGUGUUUACAGCUCCGAGGAAGGAUGAAAAAAAAACUCUUGUUUUUUUUUUAAAAACUUAAUUCCUUAGGAUUUUAUCGAUUGCCCUAACAUUUAGUACUGUAUACUUCCUAUCUUGAUACGUUUGCUUUUUACUGUAUUUAUGCAUACUUAAUGCAAAUAGAUGGCUAAAGAAACAAGUACACCUGCGGUGCCUAUAUUAACUGAACUUGCAGUUAAUAAGGAGUUAAUCUGUACUCUUCACUUACGCAGAGAAUAAAACUGUGCAUCACAACCAA